CAGGCCAGGCCCGGCGCGGGACGAUGGGGAGCAAGGCCCUGCCGGCGCCGAUCCCGCUGCACCCCUCGCUGCAGUUGACCAACUACUCCUUCCUGCAGGCCGUCAACACCUUCCCGGCCGCCGUGGACCACCUGCAAGGCCUCUACGGCCUGAGCGCCGUGCACACCAUGCACAUGAACCACUGGACGCUGGGCUGCUACGCCGCCGCCGCCGCCACGGCCACUGCCACGGGCGGCGCGACUGGCCCGGCCGAGCUCAGCCGCUGCUCGGCGCUGAGCGAGAUGGCGGCGGCGCAGGGCCUGGUGGAGCGUUUCCCCUUCCCGGCGCUGCCCUUCGCCACGCACCUCUUCCACCCCAAGCAGGCCGCCGCCAUCGCCCACGUGCUGCCGGCCCUGCGUAAGGAGCGGCCCCGCUUCGACUUCGCCAACCUGGCCGCCGCUGCCACCCAGGAGGACCCGCCCAAGGCGCAUCAGGCCGCCGCAGUAGCAGCGGCGCAGGCGCACAGCGAGCUGGCCAAGCUGGGCGGCCCCCUGUCGGCGGCGCUGGGCAAGCUCUCCCCGGACCGGAAGCCGGCACGUGGCAGGCUGCCCUCCAAGACCAAGAAGGAGUUCAUCUGCAAGUUCUGCGGGCGCCACUUCACCAAGUCCUACAACCUGCUCAUCCACGAGCGGACCCACACGGAUGAGCGGCCCUACACGUGCGACAUCUGCCACAAGGCCUUCCGGAGGCAGGACCACCUGCGCGACCACAGGUAUAUCCAUUCCAAAGAAAAACCGUUCAAAUGUCAGGAAUGUGGGAAAGGAUUUUGCCAAUCCAGGACCUUAGCAGUUCAUAAAACAUUACACAUGCAGGAAUCUCCACACAAAUGCCCCACAUGUGGAAGAACCUUUAAUCAAAGAAGUAACCUGAAAACUCACCUUCUCACCCAUACAGACAUCAAGCCCUACAACUGUGAGCAGUGCGGCAAAGUGUUCAGGCGAAACUGUGAUCUGCGGAGGCACAGUCUAACUCACACGCCACGGCAGGACUUCUAGAGCAGCCGAGAAUCUCCACAGGGAGCUUAACUCUGGCUACGGGACUUGACUAUAGACAAACCUUUUAAAGCCCAGGCAACAGGGGCACAGAUCGGGUAGGGGCCUGAUCUUCUGGCCAGACCCUCUGGGGGAAAGUGAGGAGGGGAGGAAGACACUGCUCCCAUCUCCAUGUUUCCCAAGCGCAGGCCGAUCUCUUGUAGAUAAUGUUACAGCUCAUUUUAGAGCUCUGUACAGAACUUGGUGUGUGUGUCUUGUGUUUGUUUCCUACUUCCUUACCAAAUGCACGUUGGUAACAACAGCAAAUAUGGGAGUGAAAAUGUCUUUUUAAAAAUGUACUUCAAAAUAAAAAAGAAAUGUUUCCCCCAGAAAA